UCGACAAUGUUAUAACUUGCCAUUAAACCUGCACACUUCAAAUUAGGCAAUAUAAUCUGCGAACACGCCGGAUUAGCGUUAUCGUAGGCCACGGGAUCUGUACCGAAGUGUCGUCGGCGUCAGCGAUCAGUCGAGACUAGACGAUGGCUCGUUACGCGUUCAUUACGUUCGUUUUGUUCUUCGUCGCGGUGGUGCCACGGCACCGGCGUGAAGCGGCCGGCCAGUCGAACGACCUGUUAUCGUCGUACCAGUCAGACGUGGCCCAUGGGUUUAAAGCGGCGGUGGCAGGUGGGUUCGAGGCGGUGGCCGCUUCGCCGACCAAUGACAGUUCGGAGGCCACCAACAGUACCUCGGGCGUGUACAGGUUACCGGACGGCGUGACGCCCGUGUCGUAUGCGCUGCGUGUGGACACCGAUCUGGACAGGCUGUCGUACUCGGGCAGCGUGGAGAUCGUGAUCGUCUCAUCCGUGCAACCUAAGCAGUGCCGGAUCGUACUCAACGCCAAAGACGUUUGGGUGACGGGAGUCCGGGUGACCGACGUGAACACUGGUGAUUCGCUGACCGUCACCGACCGGCAAUUGGUAGACGGUGACGAGCAGCUGAUUGUCACGGUUGGCGGCCGGUGCUUGAUACCCAAACGUUACUACGCGGUCACCGUCGACUUUCAGGCGUCUCUCCGAAACGAUAUGUCCGGUUACUAUAGAAGCUCGUACCGAGAGGGAAACGUCACCAAAUGGUUGGCUGUUACAAAGUUUGAACCCACGCAUGCAAGAAAAGCAUUUCCCUGUUUCGACGAACCUGCGCUCAAAGCACCGUUUACAGUGGCCAUCAAAAGGCGGUCUGAUCAAAUAUCUUUGUCCAAUAUGCCGUUGUUGAAUUCUACCAAAAUUCAAAAUACAGACAUGUUUUGGGAUCACUACAAGGAGACCCCGCCGAUAUCCACAUACUUAGUGGCGUUUUUCGUGGGUGAAUUUUACGCCAUGAAAACGCGUAACAUCGGGAUAUAUACGCAUAGGCUUUACGUGAGGCAGGCUGAGUAUAUUGCGGACGAAGCGCCGAAACUGCUCAAAGCAAUGGAGGAGUUCACAGGAGUGGAUUACACAUUGCCCAAACUGGAUUUGCUGGCGAUUCCGGACUUCGCGGCUGGUGCGAUGGAGAAUUGGGGAUUGAACACAUACAGGGAGAUUCUGUUACUACUGUCGGAAAAUUCCAAGACGAAAAUCAAAGAGUUUGUGACGACAGUCGUGCAACAUGAACUCUCUCAUCAGUGGUUUGGAGACCUGGUGACAUGCGCGUGGUGGGACUACUUAUGGCUAAACGAGGGUUUCGCAACGUUUUUCGAAUAUUUUGCUACUAAAAUGGUUGAACCAGACUGGCGCUUAGAGGACGUGUUUGUGUACGAAGUGCACCAAUUGGCUUUAAGCUCAGACCAAAGCCCGAUGCACGCCAUAUCGGGAUCCGUCGAAACCCCAGCACAGAUCCGGAGCAUGUUCGAUAAUAUAUCCUACAGCAAAGCGGGGGCGGUGCUCCGGAUGUUACAGUACGCGGUGACCGAAAACAAUUUCAAACGAGCGCUGAACUUGUAUCUGACGAAAAACAAAUUCAGAGCGGCUACCCCCGAUGAUUUGUGGAACGCUUUCGAAAACGCUCUCUACGACGUAGGAUUUGAUUUAGGGGAAAAAUUAACCGUCACCGAAUUCAUGAGAUCUUGGACAGAACAGGCCGGUUACCCGUUAGUAGAAAUCGUCAAGAAGAAUGACACGUUCGUCAUAACUCAGAAACGGUUUUUGGUUCACGGUUUGAAUGAUAGUACCGACGACGAUGAGACAGAAUGGAUUAUUGGUCUGACAUAUACGACUCAAAACCGGAAGGAUUUCAAUUUGGUUUUGCCCAAGAUUUGGCUGAAGGAAAACAAGACUGUUUUAACGGAUCGAGAUGGAAACGGAUGGUAUAUUUUCAAUUUACAGUCAAUCGGAUUUUUUAGAGUUAAUUACGAGGAAGAAAAUUGGAAUGCCUUAAUUGGUCAGCUGCAUAACGAUUGCAAAGAAAUACACGUGCUCAAUAGGGCUCAGUUGAUUGACGACGCUUUUAAUUUGGCCAAGGCAAACCGUUUGGAUUAUGCAUUGGUCUUGAAGUUGUCAGAAUAUCUGAUAAAUGAAGACGACCCGAUCCCGUGGUAUUCAGCUCAAAAUGGAUUUACGUAUUUGAUGAACCGUAUGAGACGUUGUCCGAAUGGUUUCAAGAAACUGAAAGCUUAUGUUGGAUACUUGGCGGGGUUAAUAUACUCUAAAACCGAAGAUCUUGUCCUUAAUCACAACAGCACAGAUCAUACCGUCAACACGGGCUGGAGCGCAUUCUCUAGUUGGGCGUGCAAAUUGGACAACGAGCCGUGCACGAAAUCUGCUUUAUCUUACUUUCAGAAAUGGCGUCGGGGUGAAAAUAUACCGGCCGAUAUCAGGGAUGCGGCAUUUUGUGUCGGGGUAAAAUACGGCGAUUUGAAAGUGUGGAAAGGCGUCCUAAACGUGUACGUCCAGUCGGAAUCGGCGUCUGAUCGACAGUCCGCUCUGUUGGCUUUGGCGUGUUCCAAAGAUCAGAUUAAACUGUCAAAGUAUUUGGAUUUUAUGUUUGAAGGGUACAACGGUCCAAUUCUGCCUCAAGACUUUAGAGUUAUAUACCGCACGUUGGCGUCAACGCCACAGGGCAUCGGGGCAUUGAUUGAGUUCUUAACCACCAAACUCGACCGGAUCGUAAACGAAAUAAUCAAUGGGGAACAAGUAGCGACGUCUAUAUACGGGCUGUUGGCCUCUAGGGUGGCUCGUGACGAAGAAAUACUAAAGAUUGACAGCCUGAGGAAAGACCCUUCUGUACCCGAACGUCUCCGGCGGAAAUUCGACGAGUCGUACCGCAGCAGCGUGGAUGACAAUCUGGCGUGGUUCGACAAACACCAUUCGACAAUCGGUGAAUGGUCCUCGGCCACCGUGCUCAGGCUUGGAUUGCCAGAGAACCCAGGCUUCCAUCAUUCCACUGGAAACUCCACAGAUGUAGAUGAAACGUGGUCGACCAAAACUUCCAGCGCCGUCAGUCAGUCUCUAGAGGUGUCGGCGUUGACUUGGGUCUUAUUCACGUUGGCGGCGCUGUGUCUGUUCCCCGCUCAGCGGCUGCAACCGUUAUUGUAGUCAUCGUAAUCGUUUCCUGGUCUGUUUCUGUUGCGGAUGUGUGUGUGAAAAUACCAAAUGUCUUUUCGUUCCGAUGAUGUCUAUUAUUACCCUGAAAUGUUCUUCGGACGUUUUAAGUAAUAUACAUAUUAUCGCACUCGUAAAAUUCACGUAGACCAACAAUCGUAUUUUAUAGAUAUUUGUACGACGGUAAAGUGUAGGCGUCUAUAGCACAUACAACAGUAUCAAAAAUAUUAUAUUUUAUACUAAAAUGUUAUUGAUUUACCCGGGAGUUGUAUGUUUGAAAACUAUACUGUUUAUAAUAAUAUGUUAUGUUUAUUUUAGACAAA